AUGGCCACUUCACCACCCACGAGAGUAUGCCCCGAAAAGGUACAAGUUCCUGAGCCCGAUUCGGUGGUUUCGGGGGCGUUAGGGCACAACGGCGAUCAACACGAUUCUCAGCAGGUUUUGUUUAUGGAGCCUCGAGAUACGCUGUCGAGGUCGAACCAUGUGCCGCCGACAUACUACCAGGUUGCGACACCCAAGUCACCGCAUGAGUUUUCGUCACUUGACGAAGAUGAGGAGCGACCGCACAUUGGGGACGAAACAGAGCGUCUCAAGUACAUACAGGCCAAACGUGAGAUCAUGGACGCUCUGAACCUUCACAUACUGGUGAACAAGAAGGAAAGCGACGAAAUCGAGCGUGAACUGAGACGGGUCGACGCACAAAUGCAACUCAUGCGUCAAAUGCAUGCGGACCAGGAUUUGCUGGCAAAGGUCGACGCGUAUCAAGAGCAAGAAUUCCAAAAGAGGCAAGAGUUGCUAGCGUUCAGGCGAUAUACCGAUACAUCGCAUCCCUUCGAUGACACGACACUUUCGGGCUCUUUCUCGCGGCCUCCGCUUUCCACCAGCGGCAGCACAGCCUAUUACUAUCAUACGCGCAGCAAAAGUAGCGGCAAUGUUGGUACUCAUAAUGAGGCUCGCCUGCGGCCUGCUAACGACGGUAUCAUAAAAAUGCGGGUUUCGGGUGCAAAAUACGUGCCAGGUUCCGCGCAGGGACUGCCUGGUGGUGAUUUAUCGAGGCCGCCUCCGAUGAAUCAGUCUAGCCGACGCAAUUACGGCAGUAGCUCGUUUUCUAGCAUAAGCGGUGUCGUUGGUCGAAACGAAAAGGAUGAAGCUAUAUUUAGGAGGCCCGACGGAGUUUUGAUCGUUAUUGCCUGUUCCUAUUGCGAGAGAAGCGGUUUCAGCUCGGCCCAAGGUAUUGUGAACCACGUACGCCUAAAGCAUGCCAAAACCUACUCUAGUCAGCCUCUUGCGAUUCUCAAUAAUCAGCAACUCUUACCAGAAGAGCAACAGCCGCGCGAAGUUUUGACAAAAUUCAGGGAACUCAAUUUGGAUCCUCAAAAAGAGUAUUUGCCCCAUGUUUCUGGAUCUUCCUCUGGUGGCUCGUUGUCCGGUCCAUCUGGCCGUAAGAAUUCGAGCCGCGAGCUUUCACCUAAGGGAAUAUCCCCCCUCCAUUCUCUUCCACAGCAAAGAGCUCAAAAAUCGACCAAGCAUCUUGAAAAGUUGUACACCGACAGCGACUUCGAAGAAAUUGUCAAAUACGUUAACGAUGCUCAGAAAGAUCUAGAUGCCAUUCUGAAGUCGUCACCUGAGCAUGAAGACAGCGACGAGCCCGACGGAAAGCAGCAACAGCAGAGUUUCAAUUCUGAAAACGACGAACAAUGUCAGUCACCCCCAUUUACGGCCGCAUCAGCUAUUCCCGCGGCCUCUGCUGCGUCCACUGGUGCUGAAGACCAUAAAAAGCCUCUGAACAAGAAACGCGAGCGUUCUCCUGACUUUGAAGUCAAGAAAAAGCAGAGGCCAGCUGAAAAAAGAGUACGGCCUGACGCUAUUGCAAUGAUGAAUAUUCCUGACGAAGAAAAAAGGUCUUCCCAUUACAACUUGAGGGCGAAGUCAAAAUUGCGGAGUCACAAUAGAUAUCAGUAG